GUCUUUGAAAUCAGAAAUAAAAACAAAUACAUUAGUCAACUAACAGAUAUAUUACUACAUAUGUAUACAUAAAAUGUAAUAUAAGAUAUACAAAAUUACUAAAUCCCUUUUCAUUGCAAAUUUAUUUUAUGUUCAACUUUUCAAGUCGUUGUCAAACAGCGACGUUAUUACGGAAAGGAGAGGCUCGUUUUUAACAGAAAAUUGCAGAUUGCUGGAAAGAAAUAUGUCUGGAAGUUUCUAUUUUGUCAUGGUUGGGCAUCAUGAUAAUCCUGUCUUUGAAAUGGAAUUCUUGCCUGCUGGUAAAGCUGAGUCAAAGGAUGACCACCGGCAUCUGAACCAGUUCAUUGCGCAUGCAGCCCUCGAUUUGGUGGAUGAAAACAUGUGGCUGUCUAACAACAUGUACCUGAAAACUGUGGACAAGUUCAACGAGUGGUUCGUCUCUGCCUUUGUCACUGCAGGACAUAUGAGAUUCAUCAUGCUUCAUGAUGUACGACAAGAAGAUGGUAUCAAAAACUUCUUCAAUGACGUGUAUGAUUUAUACAUUAAGUUUGCAAUGAAUCCUUUCUAUGAAACCAAUGCUCCAAUCCGGUCGACGGCAUUUGACAGGAAAGUACAGUUCCUUGGAAAGAAGCACCUCUUGAGCUGAUGAACUAACCUGGACAACAUGGUUGUGUAGCUUUUUUAAUGUCUUCAUUGUGUGCAGUUUCCAGUUGAAAUAUGUUUUAAGACAUACAUAAUAUAAAAAUAAUUUGUCUAUGAUCACCUGUUGUAUGUCUUAUAAAUUCAGUAUGUAUUACUGAUACUUCCCAACCACUGUAUAAAAGCUAUUGUAAGCAUGGAACAUUGUUGCAUAAUGAAUGAAUGGUACACUUCUUCAAUGACGUGUAUGAUAUAUAUAUAUUUACAAAAGUAUGUGGACACCCCUUCAAAUUUGUCGAUUCAGCAAUUUCAGCCACACCCAUUUUUUGACAGGUGUAUAAAAUCGAGCACACAGCCAUGCAAUCUCCAUAGCUAACACUUGCAGUAGAAUGGCCUUACUGAAGAGCUCAGUGACUUUCAAUGUGGCACCAUCAUAGGAUGCCACCUUUCCAACAAGCCAGUUUGUCAAAUUUCUGCCCUGCUAGAGCUGCGCAGGUCAACUGUUCAAGUGCUGUUAUUGUGAAGUUAGAAAGUCUAAGAGCAACAAUGGCUCAGCAGUGAAGUGGUAGGCCACACAAGCUCACUGAAAGGGACCGCCGAGUGCUGAAGCGUGUAAAAAUUGUCUCCUAGGUUGCAACAAUCACUACCGAGUUCCUAACUGUUUGUCGGGAGCUUAAUGAAAGGGGUUUUCAUGGCUGAGCAGCUGCACACAAGCCUAAGAUUACCAUGUGCAAUGCCAAGCAUCGGCUGGAGUGGUGUAAAGCUCGCCGCCAUUGGAUUCUGGAGCAGUGGAAAAGCGUUCUCUGGAGUGAUGAAUCACGCUUCAAAAUCAGACGGACUAAUCUGGGUUUCGCAGAGGCCAGGAAAAUGCUACCUGCCCAAAAUGCAUAGUGCCAACUGCAAAGUUUGGUGGAUAAGGAAUAAUGGUUUGGGCCAGGUCCCUUAGUUCCAGAAAAGAUCAAUCUUAAUGCUACAGCAUACAAUGACAUUCUAGACGAUUCUGUGCUUCCACCUUUGUGGCAACAGUUUGUGAUAGACCAUUUUCUGUUUCGUCAUGACAAUGCCCCUGUGCACAAAGCGAGGUCCAUAGAGAAAUGGAUUUUUGAGAUCAGUGUGGAAGAACUUGACUGGCCUGCACAGAGCCCUGACCUCAACCCCAUGAAAUCCCUUUGGGAUGAAUAGGAACACUGACUGCGAGCCAGACCUAAUCGCCCAACAUCAGUGCCCGACCUCACUAAUGCUUUUGUGGCUGCUGCGGGGACUUGCUUCCAUUCAAUGUUCCAACAUAUAGUGGAAAGCCUUCCCAGAAGAUUGGAGGCUGUUACAGCAGCAAAGGGGGGACCAACUCCAUAUUAAUGACCAUGAUUUUGGAACGAGAUGUUCGACGAUCAGGUGUCCACCUACUUUUGGUAAUGUAGUGUAUGUGUGAGUGCCACCAGAAUGUUGUUUGCAAGUUUGAUAAUAAUGACAAGGUUUGUAUGAGGCUUUUCUCUGAACUUGAAUGAGCUUGUUAAACACUAGCCCAUUCAAAAGACGGUAAUGUUAAACAUUCACAAAGCAUGCCGCCUUAGGGGAAUUCUCUGGCGCUGCCCAAAUGCUCUGUGCAACUAUGCCCUGCACACAAUAGUUUUGGAAACAUUUGCAACCUUUCAUAUAAGCUAGAAAUAAUUUUUCAAAUACAAAAAACACAACGUACGCAGUUCAGGAAAGUUGCACCCGGCUGUAUUUUGUGGAACACUCAAAAUCUGGAGUGGCAUGUGUCGUAGCCGGCUGCAACUUUGCUAAACUGCGAAAAGUAAGUGUACCUUUUUGUAUUUGAAAGAUUCUUUCUUGCUUGUAUGAAAGUUAAGUUCCAAAGGUUUCCAAAAAUGCAUUACAAUUGAGGCGUAUUUGCUUUGAAACAGAGCGUCUGGAUUGUAGUUCACAUGGAGGUAGCUGUGGUCCGUACCAUUGGCUGAGAAGCCAAAAGGGUGGCCGACUGCAAGCUGGUUAUACCCCCCCCUUGGGUUCUUGAGAGCUAGUUAAAUCGAUGUAAAUUUGGGUGAGUUUACACAGGUAGCCCAAUUCUGAUGAGAUCUGCUCUGAUUGGUCAAAAGACCCAUUGUUGGCAGAAUAUCAGAAUUAGGCUGCCCAUGUAAACUAAGCCAUUCAUUCAUGAGGUUUGUGAAAUGCUCUGAAUCACUGUCCAGUUUCUCUGAUUAAAUACUAUCAUUAAAAUAA